GCACGCGGAAAAAAAGCACAGCUCGCUUAUCAAAGUGCUCUUAAAUAUGGAGCUGUUCAUGUUUACCGUGGUCGAGUAUUGCUUAUUGGACAGGAUCGGGCAGGAAAAACAAGUUUAAAGAAGUCUCUCAUUGGUCUACCAUUUAAUCCAAAAGAAAAAAGCACUGAUGGAAUUGAAGUGGAUCCUUCAAAAUUUCAGUUAGACGUUGAUGAAGACAGGAAUUGGCAACCUAUUGAUGAGAGAAAACAAGGAUUGCUGGGAUGUUCGAGAGAUGUGGCACAGAUGGUGGUGGAAAAGAUGUUUGAUAUUCCAGUUAGCCGUGCCUGGGUUCAGGAGGAGGAAAGAGGAGAAGCAAUACUUCAGAGUGAUGAUAACAAGAAUAGGAAACAGGUUGUUACUGAUGGACAGAAGGAGGAAGUUUCUCUUGUGAACCAGGUUUGUCUUUGCUGGUUUUUGAAAUGUGAUGUUUUUUCGUGAAUCCAUCGUCACUGCAAGAAUGUCCUAACAGUAGUUAUUAUAAAUUGAUUAUCGCCUUCUUCAUAAGUUAGGUUAUAGUGACUUCCCUGCCCUUUGCCACAGUCUCCGUAUGGAAAAUAUGUAACAACCGCUAGAUCGUUUUCUAGAUCGUUUUCCAAUGCUGGUUAUAAAUUUUAACCAGCGUUUUUAUACUUGUAAGUUUAGGUCCGAGAGUAGAAUGAUACUACUAUCAACCAUUUAGUUAUAUUUCCAUGAUUGUACCCAUCUAUACUUUCAACUUUCAACUUUAUUUAAAUUUGAAAAUAUAGCAAGAGAUACAUUGGGACAAGAGAAUUACUUUUUCAUUUUCACGAUGAUCGUAUCCACAUCAAUAUAUGAGUCUUCAGUUUCAAGGAAAUCGAGUAGCAUUUCUUUUAGUGAUCUUUUAAAAGCUUUUUUCGGUCUUAUACACGUAAGCUUAGCCUUUGGGUCGAUCAGUAGUGCGUGUGCAAACGAAAGUGAGUUUAGCCAUAUCUUUAUUUAUCUUUUUAAGUGUUAAUGAGGCCUUGAGCAUAGCUUUCCCUUAUUUUGUUGUUGUUGUUAAUCACAAUUUCGCUGUUUUCUUUUUUUUUAUGCGAGGAGUAAAGCCAAGGGGCUGUGAGGACUCAAUCAAACACCUUUUUCCUAUGCGUCCUUAAACUCACUGUUCCUUUAAAAAUUCAGAGCAUAUUAAUGCUGUGGAUACCUCAUGCCUCCAAUAAUCGUACCUCAAUGUUUGAGCUUAUUAAGAAUUUUCUGUCAUCAAAAACAACUUUAAAUGGCUGAAUAAUCGAAUCGGGGGGUGAAGAGGAAUAAUUAGGUGUUCAUUAUUCCAUUAUUCCAGCUGGAAAAUUUUCUUUAUGCCAUCAUUCCAGAAAAAAAAAGAACAAAUUAUUCCGUUGAAAACGUCUGCUUAUGCCAUUAUUCCGCGCCACAAAAUGGCAUUAUUCCAUUCUUACCACAAAAAAAUGCCGUUAUUCUUACUCAACUAUUCCUCUUCACCCCCAAAAAUCGAACCAGCCAUGUUAAGUCUUUCAGAAUCAGAAUCAACAGUUAUUUUUUUCGUACUCUGCUACAGGUUGGUGAUCCAAACGAAGACAGUGCUAGUGAACCCACAUUGACAGGACCUGAUCAUGAAUUAGUGGUUGAUACUACUUCACCUGCGGAGGAGAUCAAGGAACGAGCUGUAAGUUUGAUAAAGUACAUGCAAGGUGAAGGUGUUAGGCCUGAAGAAUCUGUUCCCAGUAUCGAACUGUGGGAUUUUGCUGGACAACACCUGUAUUAUGCAUCCCAUCCUGUUUUUUUAUCAUCACGUGCGCUGUACAUCUUGGUGUGCAACCUCAGCAAGUCACUGCAUGACACAGCCAAACCCUGUGUGAGACGAGGAUCUCGUAAUGUUGAUUUGGAAAACCCCAAUGAAGAAACAAAUCUUGAGAACUUGUUGUCUUGGCUGUCCACAGUGCAUAGCGUCGCACAGAUGAGAAGAGAAACCUGUGAUGAUGUAGAAAAAGAGGUGCCUCAUUUGCGCCCCCCAGUGAUCAUUGUAGGAACCCAUGCAGACAAACCAUUUGAAGACAUUAAAACAAUGAAAACAGAAAUCCGGAACGCAAUUGCUGGUAAGGACUAUGAAGGACAUGUGGUGCGGACUAUCUUUAGCAUUGACAACACUGCGAAGUUACUUCAAAAUAAGAUCAGAAAUGUUUUUAGGAAAGAUGAAAACAUUGAUGACAUCCGAGCUCUACGGGUCAAAAUCAUGGAAGUGCUAAGACAGGAGCCUUACAUUGGGGAGAACAUACCUGUGAGGUAAAUAACGUUUAUACAAGAACAUAAUUCCAUUAAAAUUAAUAAUAAUUUCAUCAGUAAUUCAUUGACUCUGACGUCAUACUAAAGCGUGACCACAAACAGGUUGUUACGAAAACUAAGACCCUCGAAAACUAGGACCUAAAAGACCCGUCUUAGCUUUCGAGAUUAUACGAAAACUUACUUAAACGCCCUAAAAUCGAAUCCGUCGAAGUAUGAAAUUAAGUUAAAACCAAAGUUUAGGUAUAAUCUGUCAAAUUAUCUUCUGUUCGAUCCUUUCCACGUAGUGUUAGGUGAAAUUCAGUUGAACCUGAAUUACAUGGUUUCCUUACGUUAAUCAACCAGAUACUGUUCAGUUCUUAUGACUGCUAGGAAAUGACAGUUUUUCCACCUUAGUGAGGGGCUAGAAUUCACCAGCCUUCAGGCCUUAAGCGGAUAUUUUGGCUGGGUGUUAGGAAAACUAAGACCCUCGAAAACUAAGACCAAAGACCCCCUAAAAUCGAAUCCGUCGAAGUAUGAAGUCAUAUUAUAACCGAAGUUAAGGUAUAAUCUGUCAAAUUAUCUUCUGUCCGAUCCUUUCCACGGAGUUUUAGGUCAAAUUCAGCGGUAAAUUUAGGGUUCUUAUUUUUCGUAGUUUCGAAAACAAAGACCCCUCGUACGUACAUACAUACAUACAUAUUUAUUAAUCCUUAAAUAAAAAAAAAAAACAGUAUACAGGAUGUUAAAAGGUCAAACGCAACAGACAGGAGUACAUGUAAAUACUACAUACAUACAUAGUUUUCGUUAUCACGAAAACUAGGACUCGCACAAAACCAAUCCGUAAAAUAUGUAUGAAGUCGGAUUACGACCGUUCAAAGACUGUAAUCCGUAAAACGUCUGAACACUCGAUCCGCGUCUAAUUUGCAGACAUAUCAGUAUUCAGGCUUCAGGCUUGCGUUGCCUGAAUAUCUUCAAAAUCGCUUUCGGAAACGUUACCCCGCUAGGGGGCGGGCACGAAGGGGUUCCUCGGGUAAUGAUUUUUUGGGUGGGUAUGAGCUGCCCGGGUCUCCAAAUUUGGACCUCGUUUUAAAAAGAAUUUGCCUAAAAAUGAUACCCCGUUCUAGAAUUUUAGUAAGUUUCCAAAGCCCUCCUGGCCCUUUUUUGAAAAAAAGAAACAAAGUUAUUUCUAUGUCUAUUCGACUUAACCUUCGACUUCGACUCAAAAUGCGCCGAUUUCGUCUUUUUCUGUUUGGGGCGCGAAGCGCGAGUGCAGGGUAAACACGUUAUUACGCGACAAUUACAUUACCACGGCCUACGACGCGCAACACAACAGUUUGCUUUUUUUAUUAUUUUGCGUUUUAUGGCUGCUAGUAAUUUGAAACUUUCAUGAAAGGAAAAAAUAUGUAUAACACCGUUCUAAAUCUGGGACUUCCGAAUCAUUGCCUCGUUGAGAGGCACAUACCCGUAUAGCUAUUUUGGGGGAGUGCCCCUCUUCCGCUGUCAAACGUUUGAAACCAUUUUCCUUUCAUUUAACGAGAUUUAUUCGCUGUCAAGUUAAAACAAGACAAAUAUGCUUUUACUAAUGUCGAAAAUAGGCUCUUUCACCGAAAAUACCUCCUAAUGCCCAAGCAGACUUCUGUUGACAAAUGGCGCGCACAAGUUUCCGGGUCCUAUGUUCAAAUAAACCUUUUCAGUAAACUUUCAACAUAUAUAGUAAAUUGACAGCAGAUUAGUAAUGUAUCAAACUUUAAAUAGUGAAAAUGCCAACCUUAGAUUUUUAGCCUGUAACUCUCUCAGACUAUUUCUCUGUGCCCCCACCCUACCCUUGUCUCCCUCGCAGCCGUUUUUGGGAUGUCACGCAACGCCCCCCAAAAGAUUUGGGAGAGCGUUGCGUGACAUCCAAAAAACGGCUGCGAGGGAGACUAACCCUACCCCGAAACUCCCCUUAACUUUUCUCCCGCUUUCCGGUGAUCUCCGGGGUGGCAACGAUAAAAAUAAACUCUCGGGAAAACGCCCUUUUUAAGAAUGCCCUUUUGUGUGAUGUUUAACCGAUAACCCAAUUGAUAGACGAAAGCGAUUUUGAUAAUAUUCAGGUAACGCAAUUAGGGUCGCAGCAACAACCCAUCUACAGCGGAAUGAUUGUAUCGAUUUUGCCAAAAUUAUCGAUAAAUCGGGGUAAGGCAUAUUUUCAGUGUACAAUUUAUACAUACGUAUUCAUCCUUAUGUAUGCCUGAAUUUAUAUGUCUACAGAUUAGAAGAAGCGGAUCGAGCGAAUGAUAGUUUUCAGUAGUUUUACAGAAUAUAGUCUUUGAACGGUCGUAAUCCGACUUCAUAUAUAUUUUACGGAUUAGUUUUGUGGGGUCUUUCGUAUCUUUAUGAAACCAUUUAUUGAAUAUAACACUCCAAGAGAUACAAUCAGAAUGAAAUAAAAUUGAUUAAGCUAUUCUUAAAUGCUGUAAUAAAAUUUCCGUCAUUCCAAAGUAAUUUAAUCAAUCAAUGUGUUCUAUUUUCAACACUAAGUGUUAAUUGUUAAAUUCUAUAAUCUCGGUUAAUCAGUUCAUAACUCGAUAUGACAGGGUCCUUGUUUUCUUAAUAACGAAACUACGAAAUCUGAGACCCCUACAUCUCCCGCUAAAUUUAACCUAAACCUCCGUGGAAAGGAUCGGACAGAAUAUAAUUUGACAGAUCAUACCUAUCUUCAGUUAUAAUUUGACUUCACACUUCGACGGAUUUAAUUUUAGCGGAUUUUAGUUUUCGUAAUCUGGAAAACUAAGGCGAAUCUUAGGUCUUUGGUCUUAGUUUUCCUAACACCCGGCCAAAACAUCCGCUUAAGGCCUAGAGGCUGGUUAAUUGUAGUCUCUCACUCAGGUGGAAAAAGAUAUCAUUUCCUGACAGUCAUUAGACUGUUCACAGCCCCUUAUUUUUCCGUUAAGACCGUCGAGAUCGAAGACUUUGCGUUGAGGGCAGCUAUCUAAGAUGAGUGUCAAAUCUACUUAGGAGGCGGGGAACGGAGCUAUAAUCCCCGACGCUCGCCCCCUGAGUAUAUUUGAAAAUCAAGAUGGCCACCUUAACGGUAAGAUGCACUAUAUCUCGACGAUCUCACGGAAAAAUAGGGGACUGUGAACAGUCUCGGCAGUAAUAAGAAAUGAAUUUCUGGUUGAUUAAAAUAAGUUAACCAUGUAAUGCAGGUUUGACUGGCCUGUAGAAAUAUUCUGCCCUAAAGUGUUUUGACAGAAAAAAAUUAGGAAUUAGCUUAGAAGCACUGUGUGGGUUUCAUUGUCGUUCAAAAAUUUAAAGUGUAGUAAACUUCACUCUCAUGUGGUUUUCCAGAACAUCCAGUUAAAGGUCCUUUUAAUAUAAAGGCAGACAGAUCGAUACAGUCAUAUACAGUCAUUUCUCUUAACUGUGUAUACGCGGGGGAAGGCGAGUCCUUAACAUAGAGGGUUUGUAAUGGCGAGCCGAGUUUGUUUCAGUUGUUUUUGCUGGGGGUUGAGCUGUUUGCAUAUCAUCGAGAUAUCCGUAACAGCGAGAUGUCCACAAGGCGAGAGUUGACUAUAAUUCGACCUUGAUACUAAACAGUGAGUUCAACCAAGGGAAAAUAAAAGCUCCUCUUUCCAGAGUUUUGUGAGGUUGGAGCCACCUUAAUACAAGGCGACCACUUAACGCUAAUAUAGGCCUUUUGCAAUAGUUGGUCACGUGAUCAACCUUCUGUAAACACGGAAAUAGUUCGCCUUUGGACAAUUUUGAUAGCAGGAACUGAAAGAGCAUGUUAAAAUUAAGUAAGCUGUAAAUUUUCACCCGUAUUUCUUAAAAGGGGCGAUUGUAACGGCCGCCGAAAAUAAGAAGGAUUUGUAUGAGAAUUUCAUUUCAGCAGUUCUUAUAUGAUUUAUUUCACAUACAUCUAUCACAGAAAAACAGCUCUUGGCACCCAGUCACACUUGAAUGGUUUUCCAUACAAAUCCUCGUAAUUUCGACAUUUUUGAACUGUCUUGAAGGCUUUCCCUUACGCAUUUGAGAUCUCCUGUUAUGAAUAAAAGGGAGAUUUGAGCCCCAUAAUGCUUCAGGAAAUAUUUCAUGUCAGUUUAAAAAUUUCCAAAUUUCCAAGGGUAUAUAUAUGGAAAACCACUCAAACGUCACUGGGUGGCAAGAGUUGCUUUUCCCUUCUAAUUUUCGGCGGCUAUUGCGAUUGCUACUUUUGAGAUAUACGGCAGAAAAUUGACAGGUUACCUAAUUUUAAUAUGCUCUUUCAGUUCUUGCUGACAAUAUUUGAAAAAGCGAAAUGUCUUCGUGCUUACAGAAAGUUGAUCACGUGAUCAACUAAUUCAAAAGGCCUAUUAACCCUUUAAGUCCCAAUAGUGACCAACAUCAAUUUUCUCCUAACGAUAUCUAUACAAUUUCAGGAGAUCAGGUUAUGAGAAUUAAUAAAAUGAUCGCCUGAGAGAAAAUGCUUUGAUCUUUUAUCAAAUUCUCUCAACUCAUUCCUCAAGAAAAUGUAUAGAGAUCAGAUUGGAGAAUUUGAAUGUGUAUAUUGGGGCUUAAAGGGUUAAACCAGCUGUUUUAGGUUAGCUUAUUUAAGCUUAUAUUUAUCUCAUUUUUACUUUAGAAAGACCAUAAACACUAACUAAUGAAAAAUCUUUAACUUUGCACAUGGCCGCUAAACAAAUUCCCAACGUCUUGGCGACUUUCGCAGUAACUUUAGUCGCCAUUUUUUUUUCUUGCUAUGGCUACCAAAAGUACCAAAAUGGUCACAGCUCGGAGCGCUGUUGUUUAGUGGUGUUUAACGUCAUUUUUUGAAACGUGUACUCUGUACUGUAGUCUGUACCGUGGUCAGUAUACUGUGCAGUGACAUGGAUACUAUUACGCGCGCUAUUACGUUUCUCUUUCUUUUUAUGAACUAGGUGGCUGAACUUUGAGAAAGUCAUCAACGCUUUGCUUUCCAAGCCAGUUUAUUACCUGAGUAUAACGAAACUACGGACCCACGCCAAGGAUAAGUGCUUCAUCGAUGACCAUGAAGAGUUUACCACCAUGGUGAAUUUCUAUCAUGACCUCGGGAUAAUUAUCAAGCACCGUCGCACAGUCAUCUUGAGUACCCAGUGGCUGAUAGACUUGUUCGGGCAGCUGAUCACUAUUCCAGAUUUUGAGAAAAUUGUAAGAUAUACAUUAUAAACUUGUUUUUAAACUAUGGCAAUGGUUGCAGAAGUAUUUCCGGUCGUCACUUCUCUCCACUUUCUAGCUGCAGAGAAGCGACGACCAAAAAUACGCCUUAAUUUGUAGGCUAUAUCUAUUGGUACAUGUGACCGCUGAAAUCAUGGGUUCAACAAAAUCCAAUUAUAUUCAUAAUGAGGACGUACGUGUCAUCUGAACAAUAGUAACAAUCUACCUUUAAAGGUGUGCAAUGGAAGUAAGUAAAGGCAACUGUGAAAUCAAUAAAGAUUGUCCCCCCAAUGCUUCCCCUCUCACACAAGUCUUAUACCGCAUCACUUGGUGCCCACUAACAAUAAGAGCUGUUCAUAAGCAAUUUACCUUUAAUUGUCGUGAUAUGUGGUCUUAAAGGAACGUCUCAAAACAAAACAGAGUGGAAAGAUACAUACACGUCUGCUGAAACCAGCAACUCUUUAUGUCGACCAAUCAGAACGCACUUUCAGAUUCUGGAAGUGAAAUUUGGCCCGUAAGAUGUUUCCGCUGAGUAAACCAAAUGGAGGAUGGUGGCAUUUACGUGGCGCUUUAACGAGCAUUCCAAAGAUUUAAAAUCUGAGGUCUGCUUAGAACGCUAUGAUCUUUUUUCGCCCCCGGAAAGGUUUAUUAAGUUAUGCUUUCUAGGCAGUCUUUCGUAACUACCAUUUUACAUGCGUCCUCACACAAAUCCGCAAAUUGCAAGAACAAACUUUUUUCUCGAAUGCUUAUUUAAAAUGUUCUAAAAAUACAGUCUAACCUCUCCUUACGGACACCUCUCCAUUAUGGACAGUUCGUUUGGUCCCAGAAAUGCCAAAAAUCUUACAUUCCCUACCUCUAUAAUCCGGACACCUCUGUAAAGCGGACACUUGGUUCUGUCCUUUUGGUGUCCGUAUUAAAGAGGUUUGAACGUAGCUUGUUUCUUUUAAUAGACUUACCAAAAAAUAAUUAGUGUAAUAAUUUCGUAGUGUAAAAUGGUCCUACAAGAAAGCUAUUUUGAAAAGUUUUGUGAUCAUUCCUCGUGUUAUUCCGUCUUAGGUCCCUAAGUUUGCAAAGCACUGGAAAGAAGUCGAAAAAAGCGGUGUUCUCAGCAUGGAACUGCUUGAUCAUGUGNGAUCAUUCCUCGUGUUAUUCCGUCUUAGGUCCCUAAGUUUGCAAAGCACUGGAAAGAAGUCGAAAAAAGCGGUGUUCUCAGCAUGGAACUGCUUGAUCAUGUGUUUUCCAAAUUUCUUCUGAAGGGCGUUGCCAGGAAAGACAUUCUGGAUUUGAUGGAACAAUUUGCUUUGAUUGCUAAAUUUCCAUCUUCAAAGACAGGAGAAAAAUAUUUUGUUCCAUCUCAACUCAAAGGGUCGCCUGAUUCUCUUUGUUCCAUGGCGCCCACAACCGUCGACCCUUGUCCCCUGUUUGUUUACUUCAUCAGCGGCUCUGUUCCCCAUGGUUUGUUCACUCGGCUUGUUUCUCGAUCUGUCCAUUGGUGUUCUGAUGCUGGUCCUUCUCAGCCCCCUACCCUGUACCAAAAUGGAGCGUGGUUUGUUAUUGGGAAACAAACUGUCCAUGAUUUUGUUCUUAUUUGUAAGAAGCAGUUUAUUAAGUUCUUUAUCACGCAAAGAAAUCAGCAGAUCUCUGUGGAAAGCACAAGUGAGAUUGCGCUGCAGGUUCGUGAGUUUGUGGAGGCAACAUUGCAAGCUUUGUCACGUGAUCUCUAUAAAGGUGGAUUGCAGUAUCAUAUUCGGGUCGCCUGUCCGUAUUGUCAGCGGGAAAAGUGUUCAAGCCAUGAUCAGAUUGCAUGUUCUCAUGAAGAUUGUCUUCACCUCCUUGAGGUAAGACAUGGCGAGCCUCUAAUUUGCAAGGAGAAACCUGUGAAGGAGGUACUCACAGUUACGGGACACCAAAAGUGGUUCUCACAGAUAUCAACAAGGGUAGGUAGCAGUGAAAUGCGAUCUCUAGCAGUGCUGUUAGCAUAUAUCAAGCGAAUACACAUACUACUAAAACUUAUGUCCUUAAGAGGUAGCCAUAUAUUCAAACUAAAAAGGCUUCAACAAAGUCUAUGCAUGUGCUUUGUUGGGUUAUAGUAUGAUGUACAACAUAUGCCUUCAUUUAUCCUACCACGAGCUUCUCUGCAGUGUAAGAGAAGGCUUCGUUGCUGUCAACUUAGCGAACAUUGGUACUUUAUAAUAUCAAGUAAGUUGAUAAGGUCAAUUGGCUACCAUGUAUUACUAAUUGUUAUUGUCCUGUAGGCAUAGCAGUGGGCAUAUAACCUUUUCUCAAGUCUUUUUUAAUGUGAUGUUUUGCUUUGCUGUUGAGCAAUAAGUUUAUAACAUCUAACGUGUUAACAGGUAGAACCCCCCAGAUGUAAAAAUUUAUAUUUUAAAGUGUACAAUUUUGGUUGCUAUGCAGGAAGCGUGUACUCCAUCAUCAUCACCUGAUACUGCACAAGCUCGUCCAGAUUGUCUGGUACUGAAAGUUACCCUUCUCGCGAAUGAGUGGGGCUCGUCCAAGGGUGGCUUGUCAACAAUAAACAGAACUCUUGCCAUACAUUUGGCAAAAGACCCACACGUAGAAGUAACCAUUCUUGUACCUGAAUUUGAGUGUGGCGAAGAGCAUAAGAGAGCUGCCAAAAGUCACAACAUUUCCAUCCGGGAAGCAGAGCGCCUUCCUGCCUUCAGUGAUCCUCUUGACUGGUUGAGUUUUCCACCAGAUGACCUUGACAUUCAGGUUGUGAUCGGCCAUGGAGCAAAGCUUGGUAGACAAGCACAGAUUAUAAGAAAGUCUCAUUGCUGUAAGUGGGUGCAGAUUGUUCACACUGAGCCUGAAGAGCUGGCGAUGCAUAAGAACUAUCCAAGCGCCAUUGCCAAGGGAGAAGGGAAGAACAGAGCUGAAGUUGAACUUUGUCAAAUUGCAGAUCUUGUUGUAGCUGUUGGACCCAAGUUGAAACACGCUAUCUCGUCGCAAUUGCGUUCAUCUCGUCGAGAAAUCUUUCAAUUGAUACCAGGUUCCUUUACAGAGUUUUCAGAUGUUGAGCAUUCUGAACAAGAGAAUGUAAAUUUCAAAGUGUUAACCUUCGGUCGCGGUGAUUUUGAAGACUUUAGUCUUAAAGGAUACGACAUUGCCGCUCAAUCUAUAGCUCAAUUGAAGGACAGUUCCUAUAGUCUUGUUUUCGUUGGUGCAUCCGAUGGAAGGCAGGAUGACGUCGCAGAAAUCUUACUCCAGACUGGCAUUUCAAAGAACCAGCUGAUUGUUAACCAGCUGAUUGUGAGAUCAUUUGUGAAAGACAAACAAAGAUUGAGAGAAUUGUUUUGUGAAGUCGACCUGGCCAUUAUGCCAUCAAGAACUGAGGGGUUUGGUUUGACAGCAUUGGAGGCCAUGUCAGCCGGUCUUCCCAUUCUAGUUAGCGGAAACUCCGGAUUUGGAAAAGCACUGUGUGGUCUUCCAAUGGGUGAAUCAUUUGUGAUCGACUCUGAUGACCCCAAGGAAUGGGCAAAGGCAAUUGCAGCCAUCCGUCGAAAAUCAAGGACACAGCGGCUUGAGGAAAUCCAAAGACUGCGAAGAAGUUAUGAUGAAAGAUUCUCUUGGAAGAGACAGUGCCAGGCCCUUGUUGCCAGAAUGUGGAAGAUGGUCUAUGGUAAGAAAUCAAAUUUACCGAUAGAAAAAUAA